AUGUGUUGCCGUUGCUGCAGUGUUCGACAACAAAAAAUUUGGGUAUUCACCCUGGGGAGUAUAUUUACGAUACUUGGAAUUCUUUUGGUACCAUUUUGGCCACAAUGGUCGGAGCAAAUAGUGAAAUCGAUGUUUCCCUUAGCUCCUAAUUCUUUCAUCUACAAUCGCUGGGUUGAAACACCACUGCCACUUUAUAUGAAAUUUUUCCUCUAUAAUUGGACUAACCCCGAGGAGGUUAACAAUCCUAAUGUCAAGCCCAAUUUUCAAUCGCUUGGCCCAUAUUCCUUUCUAGAUUAUAAAGUCAAAGAAGAUUUUGAAUGGGAUGAUGUCAGAAAUUGGGUAACAUAUUAUGGUCUACGUACUUGGACAUUUGAUCAGUCAUUGUCGAAUGGCAGCUUGGAUGAUAUUAUAACAGUGCCACAUUUUCCCUCGACGGCUGCUUCUCGCAUCUCCCGCAAAAUGCAUCCGAUUCUGCGCAAAAUUGUUAAUUUUGCCCUAAAUCGUGAAGGUGGUAAAAUGGCCAUUACCCAUACCGCCAUUGACUGGCUAUUUAAUGGCUUCUUAGAUGACCUAUUGGACUUUGCUUAUCUCCUGCACUCGCCUCUGGCUCCUUUGGAAACCAACUACUUUGCCUGGUUCUAUGGCCGCAACAAUACCAAGGAAGUCGAGGGCAGUUUCACCGUUCACACGGGCAAGGGAGAUUUACCACAAAUGGGCGAUCUUAAAAUGUUAAAUGGUUCAGGUCACACCGGCUAUUGGGAAGGCGACUGUGGUAAAAUAAAUGGCAGCACUGGUGAAUUAUGGUCACCGGGCAAAAAGUGGGAUGACCCUGUUUCAGUCUUCAUAUACGAUGCCGCUCGUUAUUUGAAUAUAUUUGCCAAAACCAAUGAAACUUAUCGUGGGCUAGAUGUUAGACGUUAUGAGUCCACCGAUCAGACAUUUGACAGUGGCCACAUAGCACCCGAUACCAAGUGUUUUUGUGUUAAGGGCAACGAUUGUCCCAAGAAUGGUGUGGUAGACUAUUCUCCCGUUACCUACCGCGCACCGGUUUAUAUAUCUCAUCCGGAUUUCUAUAUGGCUGAUCCUUCGUUUAUAGAGAAUACCACAGGUCUUAAUCCAAAUGCUGAGAAACAUGGCACCCAUGUGCUGAUAGAGCCCAUAUUGGGCAUACCAAUGCAAGUAAAGGGUAGGGUUUUGGUUAGUCUGUAUGUGGAAAGAGACGAGAUGUUGGACUUAUACCGAGAUACUGCCUACAACUUCUAUGCUCCACUGCUUGCAAUAACCAUUGAUGCGGAUAUACCAGAUGACUUCCUACGCUUAGCCAAGUUUGUAUUGAGUAUACCCGCUAUAGGACGAUAUAUUGGAGUAGCUCUCCUGGUUAUUGGGGUUAUUAUGAUUUCGGUUGGCAUUUACGUAACGAAAACUCACAAAUGGCGUGGAGAUUUCUACCCAGAAGAAUCAAUAGAAACGCCAGAACGAAAAAAAUCUAAUGAAAAUUUAGGUGUGAAAAAAUCUAGUGAUCCUCCCGUGUCAGCUGAGAAGUUGGAAACAAAUGGCAAGACUGAAUAG